UGACCUCAAGUGAUCCACCCACCUCAGCCUCCCAAGGUGUUGGGAUUACAGGCCUGAGCCACCGCAUGCGGCCCAUUUUGUCCAUUUAAAAAAUGAAUAACAAAAAUAAGGAUAACCGUUAUACCACUGAUAUUUUUAACAUGGCUCUGGAUGUUCUAGUCAAUGCCUCCAGAACAGAGAAGUAUAUAAAUAUGAAAAAUCGGUGCAUACCACCGCGCCCAGCAAGGAAACAUCUUUUAAAAAUGGGAGACACCAGGCCAUAUUAGAGGCUCAAUCCAAUAGUGAGGGUGAGGCCGAUGAUACAAGAGAAUGAGGCAAUAAUUGAAGAAGCGAUGCCCUUGAGAAUGUUUGAAGCCCUGGGAUGCCAAGUGCAAGUGGAGCGAUUGCCCUUUAACCAGAAGAACACUUUGUCUGCUAUUGAAAAAAAGUGGAAAAAGGUUAUGAAGAGUGGUUCAGAUAUCAGAAGUUUUGCAGAAUUUUUAAAUUUAUUUUUAUUUUUUUAUUUUUUUGAGACUGAUUUUUGUAUUUUUAGUAGAGACGGGGUUUCACCAUGUUGGCCAGGCUGGUCUUGAACUGCUGACCUCGUGGUCCUCCCGCCUCAGCCUCCGGAAGUGCUGGGAUUACAGGCGUGAGCCACCAUGCCCAGCCAGAAGUUUUGUAGAUUUAGCCGUGGCAUGAUCAAGGAGUUGCUAUCUGACAGUUUCUACUUUCUCAAUGAGUUUUCCGAAGAAAAGGGGAGAGGCUGUUUCCCAGGGAGUGCGCAGUUCUGAAGGCUAACCAGGGACGUCUGGUUUUGGGCAACUACAAAUGGUUGUGUUCAAACUAAGCGUGUGUCAGACAGGGGUUGGAGUGUCAAGAGAGAAGGCAGGAGCGUUUAGUCUGCUUCAGAUAUGAAGACUCCCUGUAUCCCCAAGGCAGGGGCCAGAGCCCUGCUGCUCAGGAGAGGCGCCCCACGUGGAAUGCGCCGGCGCGGGAGGGGCGGCCUGACGCAGGUCAUUUGGGACCUCGGCGGGUUGGCGCAUGCGCGCGCCGCUUUCUCUUUUCUGAGUUUUCUGUGUUACUCCUGGUUCCGCUGGUUUUUCUGGCUAUAGUUCGCCGGUUUUUCUGGCCAUAGUCCCCGCGUCCAGGAUGGAGCAGCUGGACGAACUGGAGCUGCUGAUGGAGAAGAGUUUUUGGGAGGAGGCGGAGCUGCCGGCGGAGCUAAACCGGGACUUUUUCUGUCGCUCAGGAAGGGGCGCAGUGGCAUGAUCGUAUCUCACUGCAGCCUCAAACUCCCGGGCUCAAGUAAUCCUUCCUCCUCAGCCUCUUGAGUAACUGGGACUACAGGUGUACAUCAUCAUGCCUGGCUUCCAGUGCAUUCUUAAUCCUCAUUGUAAUGGGUAUCCCACAGAACUCCUUACAGAAAUUAAAAUGGAAAAUCUCAUAUCAUGAGCAUGUUUGAAAUGGCAUUACUCAGAAGUUUUUGUAAUAGGAAUUCUGUGUCUUUGCUCUGUUAAUUUUACCUAUUUUGGCUAAAUGUCAUUGCAAUAAGCUUUUCAGAAGAAAGAAACCUAGAAAACUGGAAGAUUGGUUUGUAGAUGAAACAGAUUGGUUGGCCUCUUAUUUCAUGGUUGUGCUAAAAUAGUUUUGUAUGUGUGUGCUUUAGAUUUCUGAAGAAGGCGGUUGCUUCCUUUCCUAGAACAGUUCUGAACCGAGGAAUGGAUAACCGGUACCUGGUGUUGGCGGUCAAUACUGUACAGAACAAAGAGGGAAACUGUGAAAAGCACCUGGUCAUCACUGCUUCACAGUCACUAGAAAAUAAAGAACUGUGCAUCCUUAGGAAUGACUGGUGUUCUGUUCCAGUAGAGCCAGGAGAUAUCAUUCAUUUGGAGGGAGACUGCACAUCUGAUACUUGGAUAAUAGAUAAAGAUUUUGGAUAUUUGAUUCUGUAUCCAGACAUUCUGAUUUCUGGCACAAGCAUAGCCAGUAGUAUUCGAUGUAUGAGAAGAGCUGUCCUGAGUGAAAUUUUUAGGAGCUCUGAUCCAGCCACUCGCCAAAUGCUAAUUGGUACGGUUCUCCAUGAGGUGUUUCAAAAAGCAAUAAAUAAUAGCUUUGCCCCAGAAAAGCUGCAAGAACUUGCUUUUCAAACAAUUCAAGAAAUAAGACAUUUGAAGGAAAUGUACCGCUUAAAUCUAAGUCAAGAUGAAAUAAAACAAGAAGUAGAGGACUAUCUUCCUUCGUUUUGUAAAUGGGCAGGAGAUUUCAUGCAUAAAAACACUUCGACUGACUUCCCUCAGUUGCAGCUCUCUCUGCCAAGUGAUAGUAGUAAGGAUAAUUCAACAUGUAACAUUGAAGUCGUGAAAUCAAUGGAUAUUGAAGAAAGCAUUUGGUCCCCUAGGUUUGGAUUGAAAGGCAAAAUAGAUGUUACAGUUGGUGUGAAAAUACAUCGAGGGUGUAAAACAAAAUACAAGAUAAUGCCACUGGAACUUAAAACUGGCAAAGAAUCAAAUUCUAUUGAACACCGUAGUCAGGUUGUUCUGUACACUCUCCUAAGCCAAGAGAGAAGAGCUGAUCCAGAGGCUGGCUGGCUUCUCUACCUCAAGACUGGUCAGAUGUACCCUGUGCCUGCCAACCAUCUAGAUAAAAGAGAAUUAUUAAAGCUAAGAAACCAGAUGGCAUUCUCAUUGUUUCACCGUAUUAGCAAAUCUGCUACUAGACAGAAGACACAGCUUGCUUCUUUGCCACAAAUAAUUGAGGAAGAGAAAACUUGUAAAUAUUGUUCACAAAUUGGCAACUGUGCUCUUUAUAGCAGAGCAGUCGAACAACAGAUGGAUGGUAGUUCAGUCCCAAUUGUGAUGCUGCCCAAAAUAGAAGAAGAAACCCAGCAUCUGAAGCAAACACACUUAGAAUAUUUCAGCCUUUGGUGUCUAAUGUUAACCCUGGAGUCACAAUCAAAGGAUAAUAAAAAGAAUCACCAAAAUAUCUGGCUAAUGCCUGCUUCGGAAAUGGAGAAGAGUGGCAGUUGCGUUGGACACCUGAUUAGAACGGAACAUGUAAAGACAAUUUGUGAUGGACAAUAUUUACAUAAUUUCCAACGUAAACAUGGUGCCAUACCAGUCACAAAUCUACUGGCAGGUGACAGAGUUAUUGUAAGUGGAGAAGAAAGGUCACUGUUUGCUUUGUCUAGAGGAUAUGUGAAGGAGAUUAACACGACAACAGUAACUUGUUUAUUAGACAGAAACUUGUCGGUCCUUCCAGAAUCAAUUUUGUUCAGAUUAGACCAGGAAGAAAAAAAUUGUGAUAUAGAGACCCCAUUAGGAAAUCUUUCUAAAUUGAUGGAAAACACGUUUGUCAGCAAAAAACUUCGAGAUUUAAUUAUUGACUUUCGUGAACCUCAGUUUAUAUCCUACCUUAGUUCUGUUCUUCCACAUGAUGCAAAGGAUACAGUUGCCUGCAUUCUAAAGGGUUUGAAUAAGCCUCAGAGGCAAGCGAUGAAAAAGGUACUUCUUUCAAAAGACUACACACUCGUCGUGGGAAUGCCUGGGACAGGAAAAACAACUACGAUAUGUACUCUUGUAAGAAUUCUCUACGCCUGUGGUUUUAGCGUUUUGUUGACCAGCUAUACACACUCUGCUGUUGACAAUAUUCUUUUGAAGUUAGCCAAGUUUAAAAUAGGAUUUUUGCGUUUGGGUCAGACUCAGAAGGUUCAUCCAGCUAUCCAGCAAUUUACAGAGCAAGAAAUUUGCAGAUCAAAGUCCAUUAAAUCCUUAGCUCUUCUAGAAGAACUCUACAAUAGUCAACUUAUAGUUGCAACAACAUGUAUGGGAAUAAACCAUCCAAUAUUUUCCCGUAAAAUUUUUGAUUUUUGUAUUGUGGAUGAAGCCUCUCAAAUCAGCCAACCAAUUUGUCUGGGCCCCCUUUUUUUCUCACGGAGAUUUGUGUUAGUGGGGGACCAUCAGCAGCUUCCUCCCCUGGUGCUAAACCGUGAAGCAAGAGCUCUGGGCAUGAGUGAAAGCUUAUUCAAGAGGCUGGAGCGGAGUAAGAAUGCUGUUGUACAGUUAACCGUGCAGUACAGAAUGAACAGUAAAAUUAUGUCCUUAAGUAAUAAACUGACCUAUGAGGGCAAGCUGGAGUGUGGAUCAGACAAAGUGGCCAAUGCAGUGAUAAACCUACCUCACUUUAAAGAUGUGAAGCUGGACCUGGAAUUUUAUGCUGACUAUUCUGAUAAUCCUUGGCUGAUGGGAGUAUUUGAACCCAACAAUCCUGUUUGUUUUCUUAAUACAGACAAGGUUCCUGCACCAGAACAAGUUGAAAAAGGUGGUGUGAGCAAUAUAACAGAAGCCAAAGUCAUAGUUUUCCUAACCUCCAUUUUUAUUAAGGCUGGAUGCAAUCCCUCUGAUAUUGGUAUUAUUGCACCGUACAGGCAGCAGUUAAAGAUCAUCAAUGAUUUAUUGGCACAUUCUUCUAUUGGAAUGGUCGAAGUUAAUACAGUAGACAAAUACCAAGGAAGGGACAAAAGUAUUGUCCUAGUAUCUUUUGUUAGAAGUAAUAAGGAUGGAACUGUUGGUGAACUCUUGAAAGACUGGCGACGUCUUAAUGUUGCUAUAACCAGAGCCAAGCAUAAACUGAUUCUCCUGGGGUGCAUGCCCUCACUAAACUGCUAUCCUCCUUUGGAGAAGCUGCUUAAUCAUUUAAAUUCAGAAAAAUUAAUCAUUGAUCUUCCAUCAAGAGAACAUGAAAGUCUUUGCCACAUAUUGGGUGACUUUCAAAGAGAAUAAAACACUAUUUCCCUUGCCUUUUCAUACUAGGGUAGUAUCUCCUCUAGCUCGUGCCUAUACAGAAAAUUCUAUCACCAUACAAAAUUUCAUGCAGUAUUUAUGUUUUUAAGCACAGGUGUACCCAAAACUGUGAAAAGUCUAAAUUUAUGGGUUCUAUACAUGUAUUUUUGCCUGACUUAGAGACAGAGUUUGAUAAAUUUUUACCAGCUUUGAAGAUGGAUUAACUUUUGACUUUGGGCUUUAAACUUUUAAGUCAGACAUUUCAGGACUAAUUUGAUUUUGUAGAUAUCAUUGUAAGAACUUUAUUUGAAAGACUUGAUAAAGGGAUUUGAUUUGUUUUCAUCAUUUAAGCACAGUCUUGUGAUGCUGAGAACGUAAGUGUGAUUCUUUUCUGUAUUUUGAGGUCCCUAAUCCAAAGGUUAUUUUGCUAGGAUUUUUUCUGCUAUCAGAUGUGUUUUCACUCUAAACCUAGUCUUUUAUGACAUGAAUUGAUUACUUCCUGUUAAUUUUCUAUCCUCCCUUACUAUCCCCCUUUUUUGUUUUCAGUAUUCAGUAUUUUGGUAUUCUAGAGUAGAUUUUGAUAUAAAAGAAAAUAAUUCUUACAUUGUCUUUUGCAACAAAUAUUGUUUUCUGAAUUGAUAAAUUUAAAAGUAGAUUCCUAUUUUCACAUAUGUUCAUAUGCCCCUAUGUUUGGGGGCAUCACUCAGUUUUCCCUUUUUGUGUAAAGAUGUUUUGUAAAACAAAAUAGCCUCAAGAUGAUUAAUUAUUUAUAUGGUAACAGAUUUAACAAAGGUUAAAAUCUUGGGGUAACAGAUCUGGGGGUUGGAAAUCUUCCAUUUCUCUUGAGGGUUUUUUUUUUAAUGAAUGCUAAAUAUGUUAAAAUUUUUGUUUCUACCUUGUGUUUUUUUAAAUUAUUACUUGAAGUUUUUUUAAUAAAUUUGUUCUACUAAUGGA